UGACUUUGUUGUCCAAACUUUGCUCCGUGUGAUCCUGCCCGGCGGAGCCAGCGGAACACCCUACAUGUAGUCCGCGUCGCACGAAGCCGACGAACAAGACGGAACAUGUUGGGAAGUCCGUCCAACAACGGCGGCAUCAGGAUGCUGGUGCCCCCGGCGCCCAGCGACGACAGGCGGGUCGAGUUCGUGGCUCUCACCGCCGUCCACACGGAGAGGAGCGAGCCCUCCACGCCGGAGCGCGGAGCUCCGUCGCACCGCACCGGACUGCUGGGCACCCCGCUGCCGGGGCCCCCCGGACCCCGGGCCAACACCACCGCCUCCAACAAGCAGUACCGAAAGUUGCAGAACUGCUUAUACAACGUGCUGGAGAGACCCCGGGGAUGGGCGUUCAUCUACCACGCUUUCAUUUUCCUGCUGGUGUUCAGCUGUCUGGUGCUGUCUGUGUUCUCCACCAUCCCUGACCACCAUAAGAUUGCCAAUGAAGGCCUCUUCAUCUUGGAGUUUGUGAUGAUUGUGGUGUUUGGGAUGGAGUACUUCACCAGGAUCUGGGCAGCUGGCUGCUGCUGCCGAUAUCGGGGGUGGCAAGGGAGGCUACGAUUCGCCAGGAAGCCCUUCUGUGUUAUAGAUUUCAUAGUAUUUGUGGCAUCACUGGCGGUGAUCGCUGCGGGCACACAGGGCAACAUCUUCGCCACCUCGGCCCUGCGCAGCAUGCGCUUCCUGCAGAUCCUGCGCAUGGUUCGCAUGGACCGGCGAGGAGGCACCUGGAAACUUCUGGGCUCGGUGGUCUAUGCUCACAGCAAGGAGCUGAUUACAGCCUGGUACAUAGGCUUCCUGGUGCUGAUCUUUGCCUCCUUCUUGGUCUACCUGGCAGAGAAGGACAUAAACUCGGACUUCUACACUUAUGCAGACUCCCUCUGGUGGGGGACCAUUACUUUGACCACCAUCGGCUACGGUGAUAAGACUCCUCGUACCUGGCAGGGGCGGCUCCUGGCAGCUGGCUUUGCUCUCCUAGGCGUAUCUUUCUUCGCCCUGCCUGCCGGCAUUCUGGGGUCAGGUUUUGCCCUGAAGGUUCAGGAACAGCACAGGCAGAAGCACUUUGAGAAGAGGAGGACGCCGGCCGCCAAUUUGAUUCAGGCUGCGUGGCGUCUCUACUCUACAGAUGCCCAGCACUCCUAUCUCACGGCUACAUGGUAUUUCUAUGACAGCAUGUUGCCUUCCUUCAGAGAACUGACGCUACUGUUCAGUCAUCUUCAGCGGCAGCGUAGCGCCAAGAAGGUUCUCCACAACUCCUACCACAUGUUGCUGUCUGGGCUGCGGCCCUACAGCUCCCCCUACCUUUCGGGGGACAGGAAGGCAGAAGUCCCGUGCAGUCAACUCCUUUCUAAAAAGCGGGGUCUCUUCCGGAUUCACGCUGGCCGCAAGCAGAGCAGUAAAAUGGGAUUCCGGGAUCGGAUCCGGAUGAACAAUUCCCGUUCGUCACAAACCAUCCGGAGCAAGGCGUCUCCGCUGCCACCCGGGUCAAGCGUCCGUCAUUCUCCCACCCAGGAGAAUGUGCCGGAGGCCACCAGCCCGGGGAAGGUCCAGAAGAGCUGGAGCUUCAAUGACCGCACCCGCUUCCGCACAUCCCUUCGCCUCAAGCCACGUCCGCCUGCUGAUGUGGAGGGGGUAGGGGAGGACAGCGUGGAAGACAAACCAUAUUGUGAUGUGGCCAUGGAGGAGGUCAUCCCCGCCGUGAAGACACUCAUACGGGCUGUCAGGAUCCUGAAGUUCCUUGUGGCCAAGAGGAAGUUUAAGGAGACGCUGCGUCCAUAUGAUGUGAAGGACGUGAUAGAGCAGUACUCCGCUGGACACCUGGACAUGCUGGGCCGCAUCAAGAGCCUGCAGACACGUGUGGACCAGAUCAUUGGGCGAGGGGCCAUCCAGCAGGAUAAGAAGGUACGCCCGGAGAAGGGAGAGAAGACACCUCCAGAACUGGACCCACUGGAUGAGCUAAGCAUGAUGGGACGUGUAGUUAAGGUGGAGAAACAGGUACAGUCGAUAGAGAACAAGCUGGACCUCCUGCUCAACUUCUACACCCAGUGCCUAAAGAAAGGCUCUUCCCAUUUCACCCUGUCCUCCCUGCUGGAGCCAGACCUGACGUCUGACUACCACAGUCCCACGGACCACCGAGAGCUCUUCACCUCCGUCAACACGCUCAACAUCUCUCAAUCUGAGAGCGGCAACUUGGAGUGACAGGGGCCAGAAAAGCUUGGGACACCUAGACACACACACAAAGACACACACACACACACACAAAUCCCUCUACUAUACAUCUUCCU